UUCCUUGAUGAACUGGAUCGCAUCGGCGCGCCAGACUAUCGGCCCACGGAACAGGACAUCCUGCGGACCCGCGUCAAAACUACUGGCGUCGUGGAGUUUCAAUUUAAGAUGCAUGACAUGACUUUCAGGAUAUUUGACGUGGGCGGCCAAAGAUCUGAACGAAAAAAGUGGAUCAAGUGUUUUGAAGACGUCACCGCCAUCAUCUUCUGCGUGGCAAUGAGUGAGUACGAUCAAGUCCUCCGCGAAGAUGAAACCAUGAACCGCAUGCAGGAAGCUCUCAAUCUCUUCGAUUCCAUCUGCAACAACAAGUGGUUUGUAGACACCAGCAUGAUCCUCUUCCUCAACAAGAAGGAUCUGUUUGCGGAGAAGAUUAAACGUUCACCCCUCACAAUCUGCUUCUCAGAGUAUACAGUUAACAUCCUGCUGGCCCGACCACGAUUUGUAGCUGGUGUGAUAGGAGAAGAAAGAGGACGCGUCCGAUCACGCUGUUACUUUGGAACUUUGAUAACUCUGACGCGCUUCAACCUCAAGCGCCAGCGCCAGCUAUAG